GCUUGCUGGGUGCUGAUGUCAAGUGCCGGAUUUAGUCCCACCACUCGCCCGCACUCUUCCCAAAUUCAACUUUUCUCUCUCACCCGUGAACUUGACACAAAACAAACACAACUUUGUUUUUAUUUUUUUCUAAUGAAGAGACUGUUAGUAAUUUGCCAAGAAUUUACAUAUUUAUUGACUAUAAAGUCCAAACUUCGAGUUCCCUGCCAGCAACCUCAUCCAUCAGUUAUCAGCGCUUACUAAUUGCUAGAAUAAUCAUGUAAAAUGAGUUGUUCCACCCAGCUAUGCCAGCUGACCGGUAAUUCAAAUUCGAUGAUAACUGAAGUGAGCUAAAGAAGAACUGGAAAAAAAUCAAAAUAAAAUUUCAAUUACAACAUGGGGUUCUUUGAAGACACAGCAAUCAUCUUGGGGUCCCAAGUCAUAUUCUUCGUUGGAGGUUGGAUUUUCUUUGUCAAACAAUUAUUUAAAGACUAUGAAGUACACAAUAUGCUGAUUCAAUUAAUUUUCUCAACAACGUUUUCUCUUUCCUGUACACUGUUCGAAUUGAUUAUUUUUGAAAUUAUGGGAGUAUUGGAUUCAGACUCCAGAUAUGUGCACUGGAAUAUUACGCUGUAUUUUAUAUUGACCAUGACCAUCGCUCUGAUUCCAUUUUAUAUUGGGUACUAUGUGAUAAGCAACCUAAGGAUUGGUGGGAAUGGGGUUCACCGUGGUCUGUCAGUCUUAGUCUGGUUCGUAUACAUUUACAUAUUUUGGAAAGUGGGAGACCCCUUUCCAAUUCACAGUCCAAAACGGGAAACUUUUUCCAUGGAACAAGCUGUUAGUCGUGUUGGUGUUAUAGGAAUUACAGUAAUGGGACUGCUAUCCGGCUUUGGUGCUGUCAACUAUCCAUAUACUUCUAUGGCCUUGUUUAUUAGACCUGUUAGAUCGAGUGACAUUCAAAGUGUUGAAAAGAAACUUACUCAGACCUUAGACAUGACGCUUGUUAAGAAGAGAAGACUGGCUUUAAGUAGCAGAGAUUCUGGGAAUUCAAAAGGGGGUUUUUGGAGCAUACUUACACGAUCUAAUAAAGCAGAUUUUAAUAAUCUCCGUGAAGAAAUAUCGUCACUAGAAGAGUUAAGCCGUCACUUAUUUUUAGAAAUUGUAGAGUUGAGGAAUAUGCAAGAAAGAGUCGAAUGGUCAAAAACAUGGAAAGGAAUUUAUUUUAACUUUCUGGGAUAUUUCUUUUCUUUGUACUGCAUAUGGAAAAUUUUUAUUUGCACCGUAAAUAUUGUACUUAACCGUGUCGGUAAAGUUGAUCCAGUUACUCGGGGCCUUGAAAUAUGUGUUCAUUGGAUUGGCCUGGAUGUGGAUGUGCAAUUUUGGUCUCAACAUGUUUCGUUUAUUCUUGUCGGGUGUAUCGUUUUAACUUCCAUACGAGGGUUACUGUUGACUCUGACCAAGUUUUUCUAUGCAAUAUCAAGUUCGAAAUCCUCAAAUGUUAUUGUACUAGUGUUAGUUCAAAUCAUGGGGAUGUACUUCGUUUCGUCCGUUUUACUGAUGAGAAUGAAUAUGCCACCAGAGUACAGAGUAAUCGUAACUCAAGUGCUAGGAGAUUUGCAAUUUAAUUUCUACCAUCGAUGGUUUGAUGUUAUCUUUUUAGUGUCAGCAUUGAGUUCUAUUGUUUUUUUGUUUCUUGCUCACAAGCAAACGCCUACUGCACAUCUAACGUGAGGGAAGUUGCCAAUAAUCCAUCUGAGCAUAACGAAGAUACUUGUGAUAAAUGUACCACUGCUAACGUGGAAAUAAAUAAAUAAACAUAACUACAUAGUGCUAUA